GCGCCGUCCACCAUCAACACUCAACUGCAUACCUUGAAGACCGAGGUCCAACAGCUGCAGUAGACGAACGCAGAUGGCAAUCAGAAGAUGCCAACUUUCCAACUGGAAAAGUUCGACGACUACACGCAGCAGGAUCCGACCCUCUGGUGGGAGGCAUUCACGACGCAACUCAGGAUUCUUCCUGUCGCUAAGCACAAGUACAUCGGCGCCCUGUUCCUGAACUCAAAAGGCGGAUGCCUUACCUGGUUGACCCACCUGGCAACCUCCCACGGCGUCGACGUACCGGACCUCAAGGACAAGAUCACAUGGGAAGAACUGACACGGCUGUGGAAGAAGCGGUUCAUCGUCGACGACGCGCCAGCACUCGCCAUCAACCGACUGUUCACCAUGUCACAGGGCAACACAGCAACACGGGACUGGCUCACGGAGUGGCAGAAGAUUGCGGCUGUGCCCAAUCUGAACUUGCCAUUCGAGCAUCUAUGCCGUGAGUUCUACAACAGGUCCUGUGCUGCAUUGAGCCAGGCUCUUGGUGAUUGCGAGCAGUACUCAACCUUCGCGGAGAUCAUUGACAAAGCGAGGGAGAUCAUCAAGACCAACAGGUCAGCUGCACAUGAGAAAUCAACAUCAUGGCAGCUGACCUAUGUGGAGAAGGUACGAACUGGUCCGCGACAGCAGCACUUCGCUGCAGUCCAGCAGGACAGUGGAGAUAACCCAGCAGCCACUCCAGCAUCAAGUGACGGAGAUCAGGUGCCUGUUGUCCAGCCGCGAAGCACCAACAAGUCCCGCAACAAUGGGAAGGCGAAAUCCGCAGCGCAGACCAGAAAUGGACAGCCAGGACAGUUUCCAUGGGUCAAGUUUGGCUUGACCGAGGCGGAGUACAAGCUCGAGAAACUGAGCUCCGCAGAAGGUGAGGCGACUCCACCUUCUAUUCCGCUAAAUUCGGCCGCCUUGCUAACGGCCUCCUGCACAUCUGGGGAGGAUGCGAAUGUCGCAAGUCCUCGGUACACUUACGAGGACUAUGCUGUCCACUUCGUUCCACCGCUGGACCAACCGCUCCACGUGYAACAGUCCACCGCAUGCACGGUUUCAUCACCAUCGACAACCGAUUCGGCAGCUUCGCCGCAAUCUAUCGCUGGGGAUUCGACGUCAUGGUCAAGACUUGAUGAGCUCGACCCGUUGACGUUCACGGACUUCCAGUGGAUGCCCGUUCCCUCGACCGGACGAUUGCCGAAACCGCAUUGCAAUGUGCUUAUGGCACAAUUGUGGGACUACUUGCACACUGCAGUACCAGCUCCGUUGAUGGACGCCGGAGCAGAGGUUGUCGACCUUCACGCUUUCAUCGCGAAGAUCGACCGCGAGUUCAAGACGCAACGCUGCCACGUGGUAUCCGCUGCAAGCAUGCGAGCUUCCAUCAUCAGAGACGACAUUGAGGAGAUGGGGGUGUGUUUUCUCCACGCCCUCCCGCCACAUGACGCUUCAUCGACGGACUCACCUUCGGAUCCAUGCAUCACUGAACUUCUCGACGCCUACAGCGACGUGUUCGAAGGCCCGCACGGAGUAGUACCGGAUCGACCCAUCCGCCACGAGAUCAUCCUCGAGGACGGGGCCGUACCUCCGCGCGGUUGCAUCUACCGAAUGAGCGAGGAAGAGUUAAGUGUGCUUCGGGCACAACUCCACGACCUUCUGGAGAAAGGCUGGAUUCGGCCUAGCUCAUCGCCAUACGGUGCUCCUGUUCUCUUCGUCCGGAAGAAGAACAAGAACCUGCGGUUGUGCAUCGAUUAUCGCAAGCUCAACGAGCAGAUGAUCAGGAACACCGGCCCUCUCCCACGCAUCGACGACCUUCUCGAGCGAUUGGGCGGCGCCCAGUUCUUCUCUAAGCUGGAUCUCAAGUCAGUGUACCACCAACUCGAGAUUCGCAAGGAGGAUCGCUACAAGACCGCGUUCAAGACACGGUAUGGGCAUUUCGAAUGGCUGGUCAUGCCAUUUGGCCUUACGAAUGCCCCAGCCACUUUCCAAGCGGCUAUGACGACGGAGUUCCGACACAUGCUGGAUCGUUUCGUACUUAUCUACCUCGGCGACAUUCUGGUUUACAACCGGAGUCUGGACGAGCAUGUGGAACACCUGCGCACCGUUUUGGAGAGGCUACGAUAGGCCAAGUACAAAGCAAACUGCGACAAGUGCGAGUUCGCACAGCAAGAG